AUGGUGAUGUUACUUUGUGCUAAGUAUUUUCAGCGACUAGCAAUUCCUGGUCCUUUGAGAGUCUUGUAUAAAGAUUAUGGAACAGCAACCCCUCAGAACUUUUCCAACUAUGAGUCUAUGAAACGGGACUUCAAAUUAGAGAUUCCAGAGUAUUUCAAUUUUGCAAAAGACGUCCUGGACCAAUGGAGCAAUGUGGAAAAGGCUGGACAGAGACUUUCCAACCCAGCCUUCUGGUGGGUAGAUGGAAAUGGAGGAGAAGUGAGAUGGGGUUUUGAAGAACUCGGAUAUUUAUCCAGGAAAUUUGCCAACAUACUCACAGAAGCCUGUUCCUUGCAAAGGGGAGACAGAGUAAUGUUGAUUCUGCCCAAGAUCCCAGAGUGGUGGCUUGCGAAUGUGGCCUGUCUGCGAACAGGGACAGUUUUAAUUCCAGGAACAACUCAGCUGACCCAGAAAGACAUCCUCUACCGACUACAAUCUUCAAAAGCGAAGUGCAUUAUUACCGAUGAUGCUUUAGCCCCAGCAGUAGACACUGUGGCAGCUAAAUGUGAAAAUCUCAGCUCCAAACUAAUUGUGUCCCAGCACUCCAGAGAAGGGUGGGGGAAUCUCAAGGAGAUGAUGAAAUAUGCCAGUGACAACCAUACCUGUGUGAACACAAAGCACAAUGAGAUGAUGGCCAUUUACUUCACCAGUGGGACAACUGGGCCUCCUAAAAUGAUCGGACACACCCACAGCAGUUUUGGUUUAGGAUUAUCUGUCAACGGAAGGUUCUGGCUGGAUUUGACAGACUCGGAUGUGAUGUGGAAUACUUCAGACACAGGCUGGGCAAAGUCUUCAUGGAGUAGUGUUUUUUCUCCAUGGACUCAAGGAGCAUGUGUGUUUGUACACCAUUUGCCCCGUUUUGAGUCAACUUCCAUCUUGCAAACCCUCUCCAAGUUCCCCAUCACUGUCUUCUGUUCUGCGCCAACUGCCUACCGCAUGCUUGUUCAGAGUGAUACAACCAGCUAUAAGUUCAAAAGUUUGCAGCACUGUGUGAGUGCUGGGGAACCAAUCAACCCUGAAGUGAUGGAACAAUGGAGAAGGAAGACAGGCCUAGACAUCUACGAAGGAUAUGGACAGACGGAAACGGUGCUGAUCUGUGGAAAUUUCAAGGGCAUGAAAAUUAAGCCUGGUUCCAUGGGAAAGCCUUCUCCUGCUUUUAAUGUGAAGAUUUUAGAUGAAAAUGGUGCUAUUCUUCCUCCUGGACAAGAAGGAGAUAUUGGUAUUCAAGUUCUUCCUGAUCGACCAUUUGGCCUUUUUACUCAUUAUGUAGAUAAUCCUUCCAAAACAGCCUCAACUCUACGAGGGAAUUUCUAUAUCACUGGGGACAGAGGAUAUAUGGACGAAGAUGGCUAUUUCUGGUUUGUUGCGAGAUCAGACGAUAUUAUAUUAUCCUCUGGCUACAGAAUUGGACCAUUUGAGGUAGAAAGUGCCCUGAUAGAGCAUCCUUCCAUUGCAGAGUCAGCUGUUGUCAGCAGCCCAGACCCCAUCAGAGGAGAGGUAGUAAAGGCUUUUAUUGUUCUGAAUGCUGAGUACAAGUCACAUGACCAAGAACAACUGAAAAAGGAGAUUCAGGAGCAUGUGAAAAGGACUACAGCACCUUACAAAUAUCCCAGAAAGGUUGAAUUUAUCGAAGAGCUGCCAAAGACUGUCAGUGGAAAGGUCAAAAGAGGAGAACUGAGGAAAAAAGAAUGGCAAACUAUUUAA